AUGACUGGCCGAAUCGGCAAGCCCAAGUCGAGAACAGGAUGUGACACAUGCAAAAUCCGUCGCAUCCGAUGCACCGAAGAACACCCGCAAUGCUCAAAAUGCACCAGCACAGGCCGAAAAUGCACUUACACAGAUAGUAUCUUCAAACAUCAACACAAUCAAAGACCACCCAUCAAACCUCUAAACCUACCAGUAGGAGCAUUAUCAAAUCCCACAUCCCGCGAAAGGCGCUGCUUUGAGUACUACUUCCAUACUGCCGCCCCUUCGCUCUCCGGCAGCUUGGACCACCCCUUCUGGAGUGUACAUGUCCUGCAACUCUGCCGCACCGAACCCGCAAUCUGGGACGGUAUAAUCUCCCUAAGCGCGCUAUUUGAACGCCACCCCUUGACUGAUGAAUCUAAGCCAACAGCGCUGAUUAGCGCGCCUGUGACAGUCAAGUAUGAGUAUCAUCAAAAUGCGUUGGCGUGGUAUUCCCGCUCAUUGGCCGGAUUACGACAGCGAAUUAGCCGCAGCGGGAUGGUGGAUAUGAAUCUUUUGUUAGUUGGGACGAUCAUUUAUAUUGCUAUUGAACUUUUACAGGCAAACUACGAAGCUGUGUUGGGGUUGUAUACGCGAGGUAUACAGCUAGUGGCUAACGGGUUGGCGGAGUCUGGGCUGAAGCGUGUCGUGAAAGCCAUGUUUCGACGUCUACGAACCCAGGUUUUGAUUUUCAGCGGGAUGUCGAUUGAGGACGAUAUACCUGAUCAACCAGUGGUCAAUGAUUUCUUUGAGUCUAUCGACGAAGCGAGGAAUGCACUGUUCGAAAUGACCUCGGACAUGAAACAGUUACUCCUCGCUAUCAAAUCCUUUCGCGCGCAAACAGGCAGCCUAAAUAUACCAGCCUCACACCCACUAGCCACCAGACAAGCACAAUUAGAGUAUCGACUCCACCACUGGCAUGACAACUUCACAUCCUCACCCCUGACCCUUCCGCUACAAAAAGGAGACAUCACAAUCACAACCCUCUUGAUGAAUCAUACUUCAAUCCUACUCGAAACACAAACCUGCCUAAAUAGCGACGAAACAGCGUAUGAUCUGCAUAAGCACGCAUUCGAAAAGAUACUGGAUUAUGCGGAUACCAUAUCCUCCUCCUCCUCCUCCUCCUCCUCCUCCUCCUCAGUCCCACCACCAGUAGCAGCAGCCGGGGCAAUUUCCCAUACGACAAUAGGAGAAAGGCAGCCCUUCUCAUUCGAACUAGGCAGUUUCCUGCCAUUAUUCAUAACCGCCUUAAAAUGCCGCUUCCCAGAUCUGCGCCGAAGAGCAAUCCAUCUCCUCUCCAGCCCCAAUGCAGCAACUGCUAACGGCAGUGCGACGGAAAUUCAAGGAAUGUUCCUUUGUCGCCCCGCCGCACAACUCGUCGCGAUAAUCGUUGGGUUAGAAGAGGGUUCUUACCCUCCUUCCGACACACCUCUGAACCAACCAGACCAGAGAACGAAACUAGACCAUUCGGUCAGGGUAGCAGAUGAUAUUCUGACCCAAGAGGGCUGUAUUCCAAGCGCGGAGAGGAGGAUCUGUGAUUUUUGGGUUUCUUCGCAGUCUGAAGCUGAAAUGUCACCGCCACGUCCGCCGUUUUCAUCGGGGCAGCGGAAGAAGAGCCAGCUUGUUGAUGGGGAUGGGAGGAGGAAAAAUGAGAGUUGGUUACAUUAUCGGCGAUAUGUCCCUCUCCCUCUCCCUUUCCAAGACGCGGAUGAUGAAGAUGCCCGGACAGGGAAGGAAAUGGUAUAUGUGACGAGAACUAUCCGAAUACCAGACAGACUGUGA